AUGGCGGCACGACAACAAAGCCAGCGUAUGCUAUCAAUGCUGCGCAGCGGCCCUUUGAAAUCGUCCAGAAGUCGCUGCGCCAACACCACCAGAAUGUUCUCGAGCAACCAGGUUCCUACUGCGCAGUGGCCAGCCGCGGCCGCUUGGCUGACGGCUGCUGCAAUUGGCUUCGCUGUCCCGCUCGCGUAUCAGUUCUACAGCUCGAAUACCCAAGGCAGUGCGAAACUAGACGCCGCGUCCCUCUUCGAGAUGGAUAUGCGAACAAAGCAAGAAGGCCCUAUCAAUGACAAUUCGCCUAUGCGACUGCGAAUGGAAAAAUUUGUGAAAGAACAGCAACAGGAAAUUAUCAAAGCUAUCGAAGAGGUCGAUGGAAAGAAGUUCUUCCAAGACAAAUGGGACCGAGAACAUGGCAACGGUGGCGGCAUCACUGCUGUGCUGCAAGAUGGCAACGUCUUUGAGAAAGCUGGUGUUGCUGUGAGCAUCAUCUAUGGUAGCCUGCCAAAAGCUGCCAUCGAAAGAAUGCGUGCAGACCACAAGAACCUUGCCACCGAUGUUGAUUCCCUGGACUUCUUUGUCGCUGGCCUCAGUCUUGUCUUCCACCCAAAGAACCCCAUGGCACCAACUGUGCACCUGAAUUAUCGCUACUUCGAAACGGCAAACCCCGACGGAACAUCUCAGGCGUGGUGGUUUGGAGGCGGCAGCGAUCUGACCCCGUCUUAUCUUUUUGACGAGGAUGCUAUCCACUUCCACAAGUCGCUCAAGGAUGCUUGCGACUCCCACAGCAAGGACUACUACCCUCGUUUCAAAAAAUGGUGCGAUGAAUACUUCUACAACAAACACCGCAAAGAGAGCCGCGGUGUUGGAGGCAUCUUUUUCGAUGAUUUAGACGAGUCGGAGCGGGAUCAGGAGAACACAUUUGCCUUUGUGCAGGACUGCCUCAAGUCUUUCUUGCCUUCAUACCUCCCCAUUCUAGAAAAGCGCAAAGAUAUGCCCUUUAAUGAGAAGGAAAAGGAGUGGCAGCAAAUUCGCAGAGGACGCUAUGUUGAGUUCAACUUGGUGCACGAUCGUGGCACUGCUUUCGGACUUCACACCCCUGGGCCGCGUGUCGAGAGUAUACUAAUGAGUUUGCCACGAACUGCUUCAUGGAGCUACAUGCAUAUCCCAGAGCCAAACAGCCGAGAGCAGCGUCUGGUUGACGUCCUUCAGAAGGCCAAGGAAUGGGUCUAA